AUGGCGAUUACUCCUGUUAGACUUGAAUCCUGUCGAUCGGCAUCUUGCGAGACCAGCCACCUCUGGCAGUUCUCUACGAUGCCCUCGUGCUUCUCGACCAGUCUACUGACCCGGGAAUGGCAAUCAUUGUCUGAGAUGUACGCACACGAGGCUCGUCUCAGAGAUUCAGACGGGCUAUCGUCUUCAUGUUGGCCACCUUCUCGCGCCAUCAUCACCACUAGACUCAACUCCUCAGGCCACUUUCGAUGCGACUCUGGCCUGACCAAACACGCCAAUGGAUGUUUCCCCUCAUCCCCCUCCUCCAUCGACUUGUACCCUGCUGCUGCAUGCACCGCACGUGGCAGACGCAUCCAUACCUGGCCGCUAAACUUCACCUGGAACUCGUGGACCACAUGGAUCUUCAACGGACGAUACGUUCCCAUCGACAAUACGGCCAACCAUAUCGCUGCCAUGGUCGAUUAUUGCCUGCCGUAG